CUCCGCUGUGGGGAGGCCAUGACGGAACCUUCCCAGGCCUCGACCCCGGCCCCGGCCGCGCAGCCCCGUCCCCUUCAGUCCCCAGCCCCCGCCCCAACUCCGACUCCUACCCUCAGCCCGGCUUCGGCCCCGACUCCGGCUCCCACUCCGGCAUCAGCCCCAGCCCCAGCUACAGCCCCAGCCGGGAGCACAGGGACUGGGGGGCCCGGGGUAGGAAGUGGGGGUACCGGGAGCGGGGGUGAUCCGGCUCGACCUGGCCUGAGCCAGCAGCAGCGCGCCAGCCAGAGGAAGGCGCAAGUCCGGGGGCUGCCGCGCGCCAAGAAGCUUGAGAAGCUAGGGGUCUUCUCGGCUUGCAAGGCCAAUGAAACCUGCAAGUGUAAUGGCUGGAAAAACCCCAAGCCCCCCACUGCACCCCGCAUGGACCUGCAGCAGCCAGCUGCCAACCUGAGCGAGCUGUGCCGCAGCUGUGAGCACCCCUUGGCCGACCACGUGUCCCACCUGGAGAAUGUGUCAGAGGAUGAGAUUAACCGGCUCUUGGGGAUGGUGGUGGACGUGGAGAAUCUGUUCAUGUCUGUUCACAAGGAGGAGGAUACGGACACCAAGCAGGUCUAUUUCUACCUCUUCAAGCUCCUGCGGAAAUGCAUCCUGCAGAUGACUCGGCCCGUGGUGGAGGGGUCCCUGGGCAGCCCCCCAUUUGAGAAGCCUAAUAUUGAGCAGGGCGUGCUGAACUUUGUGCAGUACAAGUUUAGUCAUCUGGCUCCCCGGGAGCGGCAGACAAUGUUUGAGCUCUCGAAGAUGUUCCUGCUCUGCCUUAACUACUGGAAGCUUGAGACGCCUGCCCAAUUUCGGCAGAGGUCUCAGGCCGAGGACGUGGCUACCUACAAGGUCAAUUAUACCAGAUGGCUCUGUUACUGCCACGUGCCCCAGAGCUGCGAUAGCCUUCCCCGGUACGAGACCACUCACGUCUUUGGGCGGAGCCUUCUCCGCUCCAUCUUCACCGUUACCCGGCGACAGCUGCUGGAGAAGUUCCGGGUGGAGAAGGACAAGCUGGUGCCCGAGAAGAGGACCCUCAUCCUCACCCACUUCCCCAAAUUCCUGUCUAUGCUGGAGGAGGAGAUCUACGGGGCAAACUCUCCGAUCUGGGAGUCGGGCUUCACCAUGCCGCCCUCAGAGGGGACCCAGCUGGUGCCCCGGCCGGCUACAGUCAGCGCUGCGGUUGUUCCCAGCGCCCCCAUCUUCAGUCCCACCAUGGCUGGGGGCAGCAACAGCUCCUUGAGCCUGGAUUCCGGAGGGGCUGAGCCCAUGCCAGCAGGCGAGAAGAGGAAGCUCCCAGAGAACCUGACCCUGGAGGAUGCCAAACGGCUCCGUGUGAUGGGCGACAUCCCCAUGGAGCUCGUCAAUGAGGUCAUGCUCACCAUCACGGAUCCCGCGGCCAUGCUCGGGCCUGAGACGAGCUUGCUGUCGGCCAACGCCGCCCGGGAUGAGACUGCCCGCCUGGAGGAGCGCCGCGGCAUCAUCGAGUUCCACGUCAUCGGCAACUCGCUCACACCCAAGGCCAACCGGCGGGUGUUGCUGUGGCUCGUAGGGCUGCAGAACGUCUUCUCCCACCAGCUGCCACGCAUGCCCAAGGAGUACAUCGCCCGCCUCGUCUUCGACCCGAAGCACAAGACUCUGGCCUUGAUCAAGGACGGGCGGGUCAUUGGUGGGAUCUGCUUCCGCAUGUUUCCCACCCAGGGCUUCACGGAGAUUGUUUUCUGCGCUGUCACCUCAAACGAGCAGGUCAAGGGCUAUGGGACUCACCUGAUGAACCACCUGAAGGAGUAUCACAUCAAACACAACAUUCUCUACUUCCUCACCUACGCCGAUGAGUACGCCAUUGGCUACUUCAAGAAGCAGGGCUUCUCCAAGGACAUCAAGGUACCCAAGAGCCGCUACUUGGGCUACAUUAAGGACUAUGAGGGGGCGACACUGAUGGAGUGUGAGCUGAACCCUCGAAUUCCCUACACGGAGCUGUCCCACAUCAUCAAGAAGCAGAAGGAGAUCAUCAAGAAGCUGAUUGAGCGCAAACAGGCGCAGAUCCGAAAGGUCUACCCCGGGCUCAGUUGCUUCAAGGAGGGUGUGAGGCAGAUCCCUGUGGAGAGCGUCCCCGGCAUUCGAGAGACGGGCUGGAAGCCGCUGGGGAAGGAGAAGGGGAAGGAGCUGAAGGACCCAGACCAGCUCUACACGACCCUCAAAAAUCUGCUGGCCCAGAUCAAGUCCCACCCCAGUGCCUGGCCCUUCAUGGAGCCCGUGAAGAAGUCGGAGGCCCCAGACUACUACGAGGUCAUCCGCUUCCCCAUCGACCUGAAGACCAUGACAGAGAGGCUGCGCAGCCGCUACUAUGUGACCCGGAAGCUCUUUGUAGCUGACCUGCAGCGGGUCAUCGCCAACUGCCGCGAGUACAACCCCCCGGACAGCGAGUACUGCCGCUGUGCCAGCGCCCUGGAGAAGUUCUUCUACUUCAAGCUCAAGGAGGGCGGGCUCAUUGACAAGUAGUCUGGCUUUGGACCUCGGCCUCAACCUGGAAUGUCUCCACCUCGGGUUCUGAUCUAAUCUCUGGGGUGCCCUUGUGCCCAGGUCUGCCUCAGUUUGAGACACUCCAGCCAGGGGCCCUCCAGCCCCUGAUCCUGCAGCCCUUUCAGGGCCUUGGGGCACCCCUAAGCCUGCAGCUCUGUCCCAACCUUCAUUGUGUCUGACCUUGGGAAGGGGUCUCUCAGGUGUGGGGUUCAGCCCCUCUAAGAGUGGCUGGUGGCCAGAGGAUGAACAGCCCUGUCCAGCCCUGGUGGCCCCCAGUCCUGAUCCCCCCUUCUCCCCACCACCACCCCCCCAACACACACAGACUCACACACACACACACACACACACACACUCCCCCAAGCUAUGGAGUUUUGGAGUCCUGGCCCUGGCCCAGGUCACUGUUUUCCUCAAGGGCAGGAUCGCCAACUUGAGCUUGAGUGAGGGGGCUUCAGGGGUUGGAAGUUCAGCCUGGACUGGAGGGGCCAUGCCUCACCCUGCACUGUUCUGUUUGUCCCCCAGGGGUGGGGGGCAUGGGGACCAUUCAUUUCCUGGCAUUAAUCCCUUGGAGGGAAUAAUAAAGUUUUGGGGUUUUUUUC